CUCUCUCAAAAAACCUCCCUCACUCAACGAAGCUUUUUCCAAUUUGUUUUCUUUGACUUCCAAAGGGUUUUUCUUUUUCUUCUUCCUCAUCUACCCACAUGAUUGCAGCUUCAUCCCUUCUGAAAUCUCCCAUUCGACUCUGUUUUGGCUUGGAUGAACUGCUGAUGUAAAAGUCAGAAAAGGUAUAGAAGACCCGAUAAGAAUUUCAAGUUUUAUGUGAAGAUGGGUUGUUUUAAAGGCUUGAAAAGUAGGAAGAAAAAGUCUGAACAGAAGGUUUAUGGUAAACAGAUGAGUAAUAAGGAGCAUAAGCCCACCACGCUGCCUGAGCCCCAAGUGAAGACCCGCUCACUGCAGUCUGCUCCCCCGAGUUUUAGGACCAGAGAAAAACCUAUUCAAGUAAAUAACAAAACAACCAGUUCCAGGAUGCGGGCAUUAUCUGCUCCACCAACUAUUGAUGCUGCAGAGCAAGAUGCCCUUGUAGCGGUUGCAUUUGAAGAACAGGUAGAAUCUAAAAGUCGUGUUGGAUUAAUGAAGGAAACACGGUCCUCGAGUCCACAACCACUUCCACUUCCUUCACCCCAGGGUGCUGGUGCACUGAAGAUGACAGCGAGCUUUAAAGCAGGGAACAAUAGCGGACCUCUAUUUGCUUCCGGACCAUUGCCACUACCUCCAACUGGAACACUUAAGAACUUCUUAUAUGAAGAAAUUGCUGCUGCUUGCCAUAAUUUCUCUACAGGUCGAUUCACAUCCGAGGGUCUUUCUUCUGUCAUGUAUGUGGCUUCCUUCGGAGACAAUGCUUCAAGUUCAAAGAAGUUUGAAGCCACUGUUACUCGCCUUCAUCCAUCUACCCAGGUAACAAUUGGAUGUAUGACAUAGUCAACACACUACUGAAUGGAAGAAGUACUCCUUGCCCCCCAGUAGUGAAGCAGGUGCUAGGAGUGUGAUAAUAUUAUACACUUUUUGGAAUCCAAAAUUAUUCGUUUGUAGGUGUAAACUACUAAACUAUUAUAUUUGGAAUUCCAAAAUAUCCUUGGGGCCUGUACUAAAAAGAUAGUGGGUGAAUUUACCAAUAUUGGCAGAAUUGGAUGGAGGGAGUUCACCUUAGUUGGCAACUGCAUUCACCUAAACAUGCAUAUUUACAUUUUCUCUCCCCCUGUCCCUCUUAUGCAUGUU